GCCGAAGCGACGAAUCCCCGUACCCGUCCUCGUUCGUGUCCUCGCCUGCCGGUUGUUACCUUCUUCGCAAUCAAUCGCACAGGCUUGCUGUGCCAAAUCGAUCAAUCCUUCAGCCUAUCUCGAUUGGAUCUACACCGCAUCAAUUCCUCUUGCGCGCCUCUCUUGCGCGAUUUCACAGAUGAUUUUCCUCGUCAAUUGAAGCUUCCCAGGUGUGGGCACAAGCAUAAAGAAGAAAGGUGCAUCCAUGUUAAUCUGAGUGGGUGAUUAGCUGGCGAGAUGGUAGGUGCGCAGCAUAGCGACGUUCUGCGCUCCCUUGGUCUUGUAUCACGUGCAAGUCGCCGACACGUCGCUUUACCUCUAUCAUGGAAUACGCUUCUCAAACAUGGCAAGGGAAAAGACUUGGCGAUGAUGUUGACACUGCUUGGAGCAGGCAGCAUGGGAGCUUUUAUAGCAAUGCGAUAUGCAUUCAAGACUCCUGUGGCACUAACAUUUUCUUGGACUGACAAUAAGAAGGCAUCAGCUGAUGUGAAGAACAAGGCUGACCCGGAGCUCACUAUAGCUGGGUUGCAAAAUAUGGGGAACAAUUGUUUCUUGAAUGUUGUACUUCAGGCUCUCGCAAGCUCAGAUGUCUUAGUCUCUUUCAUGGAGGAGUGCGCAGGAGUGAUUGACACGCAAGGAGUGCAGGCUGAACGAACCACAAUGCCACUUGCAGCUGCUGUUGCUGACCUCUUAAGAGAAUUGGCACAGGGUCAGAUUGCACGCCGGAUUUUAAGUCCACGCAAGGUGAUGCUCGCGCUUAACCUUUAUUCUCGGCAGUUCGAUCUUUCUAUGCAACAGGAUGCAGCGGAAGCUCUUGCUUAUCUUGCAGCAGGCUUGCAAGAAGAGCGAGAUAAAUACUUGAAUUUGCAUAGGCCUGUUAGCCAGUCGUUUGGAAGUGUACUGGACAUGAACUUAGCUACCCCUCAGCUAGACCAAUCUUUGCUACAUUGGCCAUUGGAGGGUACUCUUGGUAGCUUGAUGACCUGCCAGCGGUGUGAUUUCCAGUUCUCGACAGUGUUUCAAUACUUUAAUGACAUUUCGCUCCCGCUAUCCCGACGGACUGAUGGCAGUAUUAUUGACAACUGCACACUGGAGGAUUGCUUGGACCGUUUCACAGCCCCGGAAUGGGUAGCUAGUGUCAAAUGCAGCCAUUGUGCUCACAUGGAAGCAAGUAAAGUACUGCGCUCCCAAAUGGAUAAUACCGAUUUGACUACUGAUCAGGAGCAGUUAGAUGUACAUAUCAUUCAGGAAAAGAUAAAAAUCAUAGAGGACUGUAGCUGUGAUGAUGAUUGUUCAUGUGAAGCUUUGGUCCUUAAACAAGGCGGGGUCUGGAACUCUGUGCGCACCAACGCCUCCAAACGCCUUCGAAUUGGCCGUUCUCCUGAGGUGUUGUGUCUUCAAGUUCAACGCGCAGUGGUAAAUGAGGUCGGAGAACUGAGAAAACUUUCGGGACAUGUAAGAUUUCCAAUGAUUCUGGACCUGUUUCCAUAUACAGUUGCUUCUCAAGAAAAUAAAGUCAGAAUGAUUGAUACCAGGACUGAAGACCAUGGUAAAUCAUCUAUUCGGAUGUUGGGGCAACGUGGAGUGGUGUUUUCUCACAUCAGGAAAUUACAAGGUCCUGGUUAUUCAAGUUUACUGUUUCCUCUGGAACGGGGAAUCAAAGGAGGUUCAAAGUCAAGUACGCAAACAGAUGAUGUGUUGAGCACUACGGAAUCCGCAGAUGCGAGAGUUACAACAGAAGAUGUAGUUACUGAUACUGUCAGUGACGAAAGUUUGGUACUUGAGGACUCUCUAGCAGAUCUUGCAGCAAUGAAUAACCAGGCCAUCACCAAAAACAAAGAAGCUCGUGAUCUCACUCAUCAAGAGACCCCUAAUUCUGAUGGAACGUCCAUGGUGGAUAUUAGUGAUGCCUCCAGUUCAGAAACCAUCACUUCAUCAACUCCUGGUUGCUCUGGCCUUGAUCGACAUAGUAUUCAGGUUUCUGGAUCAAUCAGGCCACAGAAUGCUCAAGCGGAGAGAACUUUGACCUCACGGAAGUUGUUGUAUGAGCUUCUGUCUAUUGUUGUACACCACGGAGGUCCACAUAGCGGGCAUUAUACCGUCUAUCGAAAGGUAAGGUUACCUAAAAGCAGGGACUCUAAAGUGAAGUCCGCCGAAGAAGACUGUGCUGGUCUGCUUUGCCACACAGAGGUGCGAGAACAUUCCGAGAAGGUUGAAAUUGAUGCAACGGUCACUUCAAGAGUCUUGGAGCAAUUGCAGGAUGGCAGAGAGAGACUUAGGGAGGCUACGGAGGAAGGAAAUGCAAGAGACGAGGAGAUUGUUCUGUGGUUCAAGGUUUCUGAUAGUAAUGUCCGACGAGUAGAGGAGCUGGAAGUACUUUUGGCGAAUGCCAGCUUAUUAUUUUAUGAGCGUUUGACUAAUUCAUGACACCUGGCCGUUCAUCAUGAUGCAUUGUGUCAAGUUGGUUCGAUAUGUUUGAAGCCUUGCAACUGUUUCCAGCAUAUAGUCGAUUCUCAUUUGCAUGUCAAGAAACAAGUGAAAUACCUAUAGUUUACACCCUCAUUUUACUUCUGGUACUCAGAUUUGAGGCGUAGAACUAAUGAUCUCAUCUGCUUUUCAACGUACGAUUGCAGUCCACUAAAUGUGGUUUGGAUUACGAAUCUCUUCUGCCGUUAACUUUUGCAAGUAGGUACAUACAGUGAACAUUGUUAAGUCCAAUUCCUAAGGGCAAGGAUUACUGAUUCUUAAAAUUGUACUUCACUAAGGUGCCCUGUUUCAUCACAAGCACUCAAUUCAUUUUCAUGAGAUAUUUCCGCUUCAAUUUUAGAUAUUUCGCUUUGAAUGGACAGAAGGUGACGAUCAGUUACCAGCACUUUUGAAGGUCAAUCAGCAUAAGAUCACGUCCUAAAUUUGCCCAGGUAUCAUGACUGGGUUUGGCAUCCUUCUCUCAAUUUCUGAGGAAAAUGCUUUCUGAAUUCACUCAUCAUCUUGAAGCACAGUUAUGAAAAGGAUUCAUGUGUUCACUUCAAGCUCAUGUCCUAGGCUCUAUCUAAUUUAUGUAAGAUUUCCUUCUUUUUUUAUUGGCUCCACUGAUGUGGACUUGUAACUAUUA